AUGGAUAUAGAAGACUGUAAUGGACGAUCUUACAUAUCUGGUAGUGGGGAUUCCUCUCUGGAGAAGGAGUUCAGCUCGGCGAUCGUGGGACCCACGGUGAGCACACCCAACAGCCAGCACUCCUCCCCGAGCCGCUCUCUCAGUGCAAACUCUAUCAAGGUGGAGAUGUACAGCGAUGAGGAAGCCAGCCGGCUACUGUCACAGGAUGACCGAAUGCUUGAGAAAGAGGACAGCGUCAUCGUGGAGGACUCGCUCUCGGAGCCCCUGGGCUACUGUGAUGGGACGGGCCAGGAGCCACACUCCCCCGGGGGCAUUCGGCUGCCCAACGGCAAGCUGAAGUGUGACAUCUGCGGCAUGGUGUGCAUCGGCCCCAACGUGCUGAUGGUGCACAAGCGCAGCCACACUGGAGAAAGGCCAUUCCACUGCAACCAGUGUGGAGCCUCCUUCACCCAGAAGGGAAACCUGCUGCGUCACAUCAAACUGCACUCUGGCGAGAAGCCCUUCAAAUGUCCCUUCUGCAACUACGCCUGCCGCAGGAGGGAUGCGCUCACUGGCCACCUGCGAACACACUCCGUCUCCUCCCCCACUGUCGGCAAGCCCUACAAGUGCAACUACUGCGGCCGGAGCUACAAGCAGCAGAGCACGCUGGAGGAGCACAAGGAGCGGUGCCACAACUACCUGCAGAGUCUGAACACUGAACCGCAGUCACUGGCCAGCCAGCAAG